AUGGCUUUGGCAGUGCUCGAGCUAUGGAGCGAGAUCAUCUACAUCAAAGCCGCCGCGGACGGGCUAUCCGGUCCGAGUGAAAUGCGAUUCGAUGCGUUUCACUCGCACUUCCACCUUGCCGUCGAACGCGCCCAGCGGUUGCUUCUCGGCUUGAGUCAAUCUCCCCUGCCAACCUUUUCCGUGGGAACCGGGAUCAUCCCGCCCCUGUUCUUCUGCGCCUUUAAAUGUCGCGACUGGUGGGUGCGUCGAGAAGCCCUGCAGUUGCUCCGUGGCUGGCAGCGUCAGGAGGGCAUCUGGAGUACUCCUGGCACCGCGCUGGUGCUGGAACGAGUCAGUGAGCUGGAGUCUGAAGGCCUUUGUCCGGGAGAACAGGUGCCUGCGGCGGCCCGCAUUGAUUCCAUUCGCGUGGAUAUCUUGCCUGAAGAUUCGACUAUCCGGCUGUGGUAUCGGCGACUGCGUCUGGAGGGGGGUGGAUUUUGGGAGAGUGAGCUGCUGUCAACUGCGCAUUUAGCUCAUUAG